AUGCCUGCCCAUCACCAUUGCAACGCUCAUGCCGGCCUGCCCCGGGUUUGGCUGGGUUGGGGUGAGCUGGGCAACCGCAAGGCUCAACUCCAAGCCGAGCAGAACGAAUACUUCGAGACCCAUACCCCCGAUUUCAAGCUGCGACACCCAGACAGCCGCCGACGCGGCUGGGAUGUGCACUUGGAUGUCAUUCGCAAGUCAACCCGUUGGAUUGACUGGCGAAUCCACAAGACUGGUGAUAAGCAGAAGCUUGUUCUUCCUGAUUUGGUACAUCCUGAGAAGGUUGAUAGCCUUCUUAAUUUCUUUUAUACUGGUGACUAUUCGGUUGACGAAGCAGACUUGAGAUAUUACUCGGUUAGGCCCUGCCCUGGUGGCUGCGUGACUUGUCCUCAGAUCUGUCAGCUCUUGCGCAUUCAUUUGUCCAUGUUUCAAACUGCUCUUCUUCUUAGAAUUACUGACCUCCAGGCUAUUGCUUUCCGCAGAUUCCGUGAUCUCAUGGAUACUGCUCCUGCUUUCGUUUUGCAGUAUGCUGUUCACGCAGUGUAUAGUAGGCAGCCUAUCCCCGACGGGAGCAACAACUUUCAGAUCACUGGUUUAAAGACUGUCAAGGAUUAUCGCCCUGAGUUGGUACUUCCUGCAGUUCUUAGGUAUUGUGGGUAUUACCGACUGAAUCCUCAGCAGAUGAAAAGACACGGGCGGAAAGUGAGGGUUUUUGGCGAGUCGGAGUUCGCUGAGCUACGCCGGAAAAGCCCUAAGUUUGAUGGAGAUCUGGCACUGGGAAUGUGGCUGGACACUAUUGAUAUCACAGUUCCGACGAUUCAGUUCCCGGGUAACUCAGAGCCCAUCAGGUCCCUUCAUCCCUACAUGCACGCUACACUCCCCCCACAGGUGGUAGACCCCAGACGGUCAAACUAUCAGUAUGUUACAUACUUGCAGCCAUUGCCCUUCAAGGAUUCCAAUGACCAGCGACCUUCUAACACACCUACAUGGACCCCGUCCCCUGUGCCCACCUCUACUGGGUCUUUUGCUACCACGCGGACCUCGUUGCAAAGCACGCAGACACACUCCUCAUUCAACCAGAGCAGCCAGGCUUCUUUGCAGCAGAUUCCAGACCUUCCUCAAUUGACCCUAGAACAGACAGAGGACCUGAGUUUCCUUGACGAAGCUCUACUUGAUACCACUAUGGAUCAAGUCAACGCACAACUCCCACAAGAGUAUUCCACGGGCCCAGCCGAUUUUAAAAAUAUUGACUGGACACACACGAUGGACUGGAGCGGAGCGGAUGUACCAAAUAUAGACUUCAGCGCGCUUUUGAAUGAUGAUACCAUGGGUGAGCCAGAUGCUAAUGCAUUGGACUUGACACAGGCGAUGAACUGGACCGAAGAGGACCUUGCUAAUGUGGACUUCACCCAGCUUUUGAAUGAUGACACUUUGGACUUGCAGUCCUUCGAUCCAUCCUGCCCAGACCUGCCCAUGGAUAUGGAUUUAGACCUACCAGACCUGAGCUCCUUUGAUCUACCGGACCAGGACUCCUUUGAUCUGAUGGGCCUACCUGAUAUCGACUUUUCCGGACUGACUUCACAAGAUUCUAUCGACGGUGCAUUCUCGACUCAACCCCUGCACAUGGACCCGAUCUUCCCCGAGGGAAUGGAUGGCUAUGUCGCUCAGCCUCAGCAGAUUACCUUUCUUCCACAGCCAUUGAACUCGGAGAUGGUUAUAGACUCUACUGCUUCCAGCCUGAGGGUCCGACAGUCAAUCCGGCCGGCGGCCCUUUCUGCACAAACCCCAGCUGAACAACAGGCAGCGCGGUAUGCGUUCCUUUCUGCAAGAGCCAAAUCUCAUGCAUCGGCUUCACGUCAGAGUCAGGACUCUACUCAAACCCGGUACAAUUUGAGGAGUCGCCCUAGCGUGACUGAUUCGACUGAGGAACUCUAG